GCUGAAACUAUGCUCCGCCGCUUGACUGACAGUGGGAUGUGGGCUUUUUCUCCCCAAGAAAAACCUUUAAGGCCAGUCACGUUUAGACGUUUAGAGCAGUCUCACUCCAGCAGGCUUCGGUGGUGGUUGGCCCAGCUGGGCUCCAAGAAGGGAAACAGGGCAACACAGAGACAAAACCAGAGUGAGUGAAAGAGAGGACACAGACAGACAGUCUGCAGGGAAGAAGACAAGAACGACGAGCUGAAACUAUGAACCCUCCUGGGAACACUUAAUCUUUGAGUCGCUGACCAAACAAAUGGGUGCUGAGCUAAAGUAAGAUGGCCUCGGACAGAAUGGCGACUCCUCAGAGCAGCUCCAGACAGAGCAGCUCACUCUCUUCAUCUCCAAUGAGCACCCGGAUGCAGUCUCUCCAGGUUGACUCUGUCCAGCGCUGGAUGGAGGACCUCCGCCACAUGACGGAGGUGGAGUGUAUGUGUGUCCUCCAGGCCAAACCCAUUGGGGUGGAGGAGGACUCCCAGCAGGGAGAGCUGAUUGUGGGUUCUGGGGUGGGUGCAGGGGACCAUGUGGCCCGGAACAACCUGCAGACACUCCUCCGCCGAGCUCUGGUGGUCAGCACAGAGCUCGGCAAGAUGUUCCAGCGGUUGGAGAAGGGUCGCUGGCAGAGGGUCCACAGCACUGCCGUACGAGCUAACUGCCACGUUCGCUCUCUGGUGCAUGAGUACAGCGCCGCCCGAAGCACACCGCCUGAGAUGCAGAAGUAUGAGAAAUCUUUGCUGGAGAAGUGCAUGGAGCUGACUAAUAUUACAGAGAGGUGCCUUCACACUGAUGAUGAAUUCUUCCUUAAGUCCAUGAGAGAGGCCAUCCAUGAGAUCCUCACUGAUGUCAGUGAUUCAUUCAGCAACAUGAUUGACAUGGCCUUAGCCAAUGAGAUCCGGGUCCUGAUCAAACAGAUUGAAUCGUCGGACAGCGUUCACACCAUCGGCAGUGCCAUUAGCAACCUGCUGUCCCUCACACAGGAUGGACCUCAGCUCUGCAGCAUCAUUGCCAAGGAAGGAGCUGUGGUGGCCCUGUUUAAGAUCUGCAGGCAGGACCGCUUUAAAGACCUCUACGCUCACGCUCUGAGAACAGUGGCCUCCAUCUGCUGUGUGGAGGAGGGCAUCAACCAACUGGACAAGGUGGAUGGGAUCCUGUGCCUGGCGGACAUCUUGACUGAUGAAAGCAGUGUGGAAGCAGCCAGGGCCGAGGCAGCGGCGGUCGUGGCUCAGAUCACCUCACCUCACCACACGUCCACACAGCACCUCGCGAGCUUCUUGGAGAGCAUGCACGACAUCGUCACUGCACUCAUCAAGCUGUGUGAGAGCGCCUCCUGUGGUGAAGUAUUCCUACUGGCUUCUGCAGCCUUGGCCAACAUCACCUUCUUUGACAGCAUGGCCUGUGAGAUUCUCCUGCAGCUUAAUGCCAUCCAGAUCCUGCUGCAGGCCUGCAAAGACCGCCAGAGGGUCGACACACCCUAUUCCAAAGACCAGGUGGUGACAAUCUUGGCAAACCUCUCAGUCUUAGAGCAGUGUGCUCCUGAAGUCCUGCAAGAGCAAGGAAUAGAGAGACUGCUGCUGCUGCUGGGAGAAAAGCCCUCUUCCUCCAGUCCAUCAGAGGGCGCUGCCUGCGAGCGUGUCCAGCAGAAAGCUGCGGUCACGCUGGCCCGUCUGAGCAGAGACCCUGACGUGGCCCAAACAGCGAUCCAGCUAAAAGCUGUUCCUCAUCUUAUUGAACUCUGUAGAUCCCCUACUGAGAGAAAUAACAGCGACUCAGUGCUGGUCGCUUGCCUGGCUGCCUUGAGGAGGCUGGCAGCAGGGUGUCCAGACAGCAUUGAAGCAGCCGACCACCAGCAGCUCAUCAAACCGCGGCUGGUCGACUCCUUCCUGCUGUGCUCCAACAUGGAGGAGAGCUUUGUAUGACGGCCUGCACACUAAACACCGAGAGAGGAGAGUUGAUCUCAUGUUCAAGAUCAUUGUACAUAUAAUGUUUCAUGACACAGAGAGGACUAAAGAGCAGUUUCAUUCCAAAACACUCUGAUUGAAGCUUUGCUUGUUCCUGUGUCCUUUCCCAAAUUAUGUACUGGACACUCUGGAUUUGGGUAAAUGGAGUGAAACUGCAGUGUGUCAGUUUGAUUGGAUGCAGAGGACAUUUGUAUGUAAAUGUACAUAGAUGUGCUGCCUAGUGCAACUCAGUGAUCGCAUUAAAUGCAAUGAAUGUGCACGGUGUUCUGGAAAAAAAGGUCAUCAGUUCAUUUUUUUCAAUGGAGAUUUUCAUAUCAGUAAUUAUUUUGUAUGAGUAUGAGCUACUUUUUGAAGGUAUAACCCGUCCUGAAUGAAACACUUUAGAAGUUACCACUGUGCAAUGUUUUUGUUCUUGUCUGAAUAUAUUACGUCCAAAGCAUUUUGGCUAUCUGAGAACGGAGGAAGAUCCUUCACACAAGUGGAUGAUGCAGUAAAAUGCCUUUGACUAACAUCACCAUUUGAAGCAUCUAGCUUUGAAAUACCAAGAUGUAUGUCUGGUUAAUUUCUUACGUUUUUUUAGUUUGCCUAUCACAUCACGUCACAUAUUGUUUUUGUUAUUUUUUAUGUUUUCAAUCAGCAGCCUCUUUAUUUGGAUAAUCAUUUACAACUAAAUUAUUACAGUUAGACAUUAACUAUUACAUGUUUUCAGUGUGUUAUUUGUGUGCCUUAAUUGACAGGGCACUAUUAGUAUUUAAUUUUUUUUUAAUUGACUCAUGGCAACAUGAUCUAUUUGUCCUGGUGUACAAUAUGUUUUGACAUGUUGAAGUUUAUUUGCCAUUAAUCUAAAAAAUUACAUAUAUUUGCUACUGGACAAUGAAUCUUUUAAAAUGGUCUUGAAUUUGAAUAUAAAAAUGCUUUUUAUUUAAAGAGAAUUACCAUUAUUGUAUGCCAUGCAU